GAUUUAACUCCACUCACGUAAAAUUAAAUUGAAUUCGAUCAAAUUCAAACCCCUAAAUUACUAACUGUGUAUAUAUAUAUAUUUAUAUUAUAAGUCUAUCUAUCUACUAUACUGAACUUUGGAGUGGCUGUUCAAAUGCUUCAUCUUCAGCACUCCCUCUCUCUCCAGACAUCCCUAGUAUCAGUUCAUACUUUCUCUCUCUUCAACAAGCGUAGGGUACCAAUAUCUGCACGGUUUCAAUUCGACGGUUGUGAUGGUGGUCUCAAGAGAAGGGGAUCCAACUUUUAUUUACAUCGAGCGGUGGAUAGAGAUUCUGAGUUUGAGGUUGACCCUGAUCAGGCCCGAGAAGCCCUACGGAAGCUCGAUCAACAGCUUCAAUCUCUCUCAGAGAAACAAAUCAAACCUCCAAAAAUAAAGGCUUCAGAAUUGAAUCGUUCAAGGCCUGAAAUGAGAGAAGCUCCAGAUUUUUCAGGAUCAUUUUUUGCAUAUUUCGCUUUUGUUCUCCUUAUGUUCACAAUCUUUUACAAUGUACUAUUUAUUACCGUAAUAAAACCGUCCAUAGAUGGCCCAGAUGAACCAUUUCCGGAUACAACUGCUGUAACAGAAGCUCCAAAAGCAACAAUUUGAAGCAGUUGCCACCGAUAUCUUUUACACAGCAGUAAAAGUCAUUUCAUUGCUUGUCACUUCAAAGGAAAAUCCAAAAUUAUUUUGAGAAGGAUGAGGUUUGUAGACUUUAUCAAAAGCCUAAACUGUAUAAUUGUUGUAGUGCCAUUGGCAGUGACGUCAUUGGAUAUUUUAUGUAGUUCUGAAAAUUAGUGUUUUUCGAUUGUUUUUGUUUUA